GUUCCAGAAGCCUGAAUGGGGCAGAAGGUCUGUGGGGUGGGGGAAAACCAUCUGCCUCUGUCCUCCCCUCCACCAUCUCCAUCACCCUGGCUAGACUGAGGGGGUGACCACUGCUUCUGGGACGACCUGCCGCUGACCAGCUCUGUGCAAGGAGAAGUACCUUGGUGACCAGAUGUCUCCGUUUGUGACACCUGGCCACUCUGGCCAGAGCGGCACCCUGUGAAGGGUGACGCUUGGUAAGGUUCCCGAGACAAGCCCUGCGUGGGACCCAUGACCGUUUCAGAACAGAACUGACUCUUGGGAAGGCAGCGGUUUAGUUUUUCCCCACGGAGGAAGAUGGCCUGGAACUCCUGAUCCUCCUGUACUUGCUGCAUGGAUGUGAAGCUUGACUUGAGGUUCCUAGACCCACAUAAAAGACAGACACGCAUUGUGACGAAUGCUCCUUGUGAACCUGGAAAGGUUGAACCACCGAUGGCUCAAGAAAAGAAGGUGGAGGAACCGGAGAAAGGCGCGGACGUCACCCCAGCUCCCCUCAGGCUGUGGAACACUCACUGUGACGGAGAGGUGCUCCUGAGGCUCUCCAGACACGGGCCAGGCCAUGAGACCCCGAUGACCAUCCCCGAGCUCUUUCAGGAGUCCGUUGAGCGGUUUGGCGCGUACCCAGCCCUGGCCUCGAAGAACGGCAAAAAGUGGGACACACUGACAUUCAGCCAGUUCUAUGAUGCGUGCCGCAAGGCAGCCAGAUCUCUGAUCAAGCUGGGACUGCAGCGCUUCCAUGGCGUCGGCAUCCUGGGCUUUAACUCCAGUGAGUGGGUCAUCGGUGCCAUUGGGGCCAUCCUGGCUGGGGGCCUCUGUGUUGGCAUUUACGCCACCAACUCGGCAGAGGCCUGCCAGUAUGUCAUCGGGCAUGCCAGAGUGAACAUUCUGCUGGUGGAGAAUGACCAACAGCUGCAGAAAAUCCUGUCGAUUCCACCGGACAAGAUGGAGCCUGUGAAAGCCAUCGUGCAGUACAAGCAGCCAUUGGAGGAACGCGUCAGGAACCUGUACUCAUGGCAUGACUUCAUGGAGCUGGGGAACGCCAUCCCCGUCAUGCAGCUGGAUCGUAUCAUCUUGAGCCAGAAGGCCAACCAGUGCGCGCUCCUCAUCUACACCUCGGGCACCACGGGGCACCCCAAAGGGGUGAUGCUGAGCCAUGACAAUAUCACAUGGACCGCAGGGGCCAUGAUGCGUGAGCUGGAUCUGAGCUACGCCUCAGGGAGCCAGGAGAUAAUCGUCAGCUACCUGCCCCUCAGCCACAUUGCAGCCCAGAUGAUGGACAUCUGGAUGCCCAUAAAGAUCGGGGCACUCACUUUCUUCGCUCAACCAGAUGCACUCAGGGGCACCCUGGUGUACACUCUUCAGGAGGUGAAGCCUACCGUCUUCCUGGGGGUGCCUUGUGUUUGGGAGAAGAUGCAGGAGAACAUCAAGGAAAAUGUAUCGAGGUCCUCCAGCCUGAGGAAGAAGGCGUUUACCUGGGCGAAGAUACUCGGCCUGAAGACCAACACCAAGCGGAUGCUGGGGAAGCGAGACAUCCCCAUAAACUACCGCAUGGCCAAGGCCCUGGUGUUCGCGAAGGUCCGGACCUCCCUGGGCCUGGACCACUGCCACUCCUUCUACAGCGGGGCCGCGCCCCUCUCCCAGGAUGUCUCCGAGUUCUUCCUCAGUCUGGACAUCCCUAUUGGAGAGAUCUAUGGGAUGACUGAGAGCUGUGGACCCCACUCGGUCUCCAGCAGGACCGUCUACAGAGUUCUGAGCUGUGGCAAGGUCUUAAAUGGCUGCAAGAAUAUGCUGUACCAGCAGAACAAAGAUGGCGUGGGCGAGGUCUGCAUAUGGGGCCGGCACGUCUUCAUGGGCUACCUGGACAGGGAGGACGCCACACUGGAGAUUCUUGAUGAUGAGGGCUGGCUACACUCUGGGGACAUGGGCCGCGUGGACAGCCAGGACUUCCUUUACAUCACUGGCCGAAUCAAAGAAAUCCUGAUCACUGCUGGUGGUGAAAAUGUGCCCCCCAUCCCCAUCGAGACCCUGGUGAAGGAGAAGAUCCCCAUCAUCAGCAACGCCGUGCUGGUGGGCGACAAGGCCAAGUUCCUGAGCAUGCUGCUGACGCUGAAGUGUGAGACAGACCGGAGGAGCGGGGAGCCCCUGGACAAGCUGAGCCUGGAGGCCAUCAACUUCUGCCGGGGGCUGGGCAGCAUGGCGAACACCGUCUCGGACAUAGUGAAGCUGCGGGACCCGCUGGUCUACACCGCCAUCCAGUGUGGCAUAGACAUCGUGAACCAGGAAGCGAUCUCUGACGCUCAGAGAAUUCGGAAGUGGGUCAUCUUGGAGAAGGAUUUUUCCAUCCAUGGUGGAGAGCUAGGGCCGACAUCAAAACUCCGGAGACGUAUCAUAACCCAGAAAUACAGAAACCAAAUCGACACCAUGUACUUGUGACUGCCGCGGCCGGAGCUUCCUCGACGUCCUCAUGGUAGACCUCAUCCUCCCAGGGAGCCCCCUCCCGUGUGGAAGAAGCCAGACCCCCGCUGCUCUUGGUCCUGCCUCAGCUUCCAAAGCAGGAGGUCCACGCGAGAGACACCCCCAGACCUUCCGGCCCGAAAGGAGUGACCUGUGGCUGCAGCGGCUCUUCCUCCCCUGGGAACUUGUGUUAGAAAGAAAACGCUUCGGAGGUGUGACGACCCGGACCCCAAAACACCUUCCUGAGAGCACCGUGGAAACCCCUCAAAUAAACUGUAGUCAGGCGCA